AUGGCGAGCCAGUACACAGAGUGGUUCACCCGCAUCUCCCACGAUCGAGAUCUCUUUUUCCUUGACCCCACCGAACUCACGACGUUACAGUCCUAUCUUGAAGGCACUCUUCCUCUACAAGACACAGUCUCUAGCUUAACAGCCCCCACCACGCCUCAAUGGCAUUCCACCCAGAGCAGCAGGGUUUGGGCGAUGCUCCUCUCCAUAGCGGAAGACUAUGGAGAAGCCCAUGAUUGCAUUAUCGCUCUGAUCGAAGCAUUGUUUUCUCGCCCGAAGCCAUCACAGCCCAACGAGCAGGACUGGCCGGGCGAGAAAGAAUUUGGCUUUCCGCGGUGUUGGCGCGACAUUCAUGAUUCGCUAUGGUCUCGGGAAUCUGAAAUUGAGUCCUUGUCUGAUUCCAUCACCACGAAAUGGAUAAACUACCAAGCUUUUACCGCGCGUCUUCUAGCUUCCUCUCUUUUAAGCGCCCAUGACAGAGCUUUACUGCAUGCAGUCGAUGCUCUAGAAAGCACAUUGGAGCCAAAGGAGCUUGCAGUGAGACAGGAUAUUGAUAAUCGCUGCUGCUGCACAGUACUGGAUCUAUGA